UUUCCUGUGCAGCCUUACAGUUCACCUCGCAUUGAAUGAAAUGGCAACCGUUGGAGUUUUACUUUACGAGUUUUAUGUUGCUGUCAUUUUUAUUUUUGGGAACUUUGACAAAGCUCUAACAGCAGUGAUCCAAACACAGCAGACUGUGCUGGCAGCAGUGGGAGAAGAUGCUGAAUUCAGCUGUCAGCUCUUGGAGACUAAAGACGUCCUUCAGGUCACAUGGCAGAAAAUCUCACAAGAUGUGGAGACAAAUGUUGCCACCUACAGCAAGUACUUUGGUCAGAGAGUGAAUGAUGGCUUUAAAGAUAAAUUUAAGUUCAAAUACACGGGACUACAGAACUGCUCCAUAGUGAUCAGGAAUGUGAUGCAGCAGGAUGAAGGCUGCUAUCACUGUCUGUUUAACACUUAUCCUGAAGGCUCUCUGACAGGUAGACCCUGCCUCCAAGUCUAUGAGCUGCAUGAACCUGUUGUUGACAUCAGAGAGUCAAACUCUGCUGAAGAGUGGGUUGUUUCCUGUUCAGCCACUGGUCGACCUGCUCCCACUGUAACACUCAGUGUCUCACAACAAGACCUCAACUUCUCACAGUACAACACUGUCAGUGUGUCCAACACCAACGCUACAUUCACUGUCACCACUACAGCUGUGCUCUCAGGUUCACGUAAACACAGCACACAGGUGGGAUGUGCAGCACGAGUGCUCUCUGCUCCUCACAGAGAGGUGAUGGUGACGAUUCCUGAGGUCCAGGAGGAGUAUGAUGAUGAUGAUGAUUAUGAUGAUGGUCUGAAUGAGAAAUUUGGAUCCUAUCACAGAAAUUUCGGAAGGAUUUUAGUCAUUCUAUCCUCUGUGUUGUUGUUGCUGGCCUGUUUUACUGCACUCAUCUUUGUCUGGCCUAAAAAGAAAUCUCAGAGCAGGAACCAAAACACUUUUAGUCAGACGAGGUGACGAUCCGCUCAGAAAACACAAACAUCCUGAGGGAGACCAUCCAGGGCUCACGUCUUUAUCAGGAUGAAGAUCUGAUCUUGACCAUUGUUGAUUUCUCUUUAAUGAAGUGUGGCAUUUCUGAACAAAAUGGUGCUAGAGUUUGACAAACACAAAACACAAAAAUGUUACGGGGUGGUGAGUAAGAGAACCCAGACGCGGACCUCUCGUUAAAGUUGAACAGUGUCUUUAUUUACAGUGAAGCCAAUCCACAGUUAUCCACAGUGCAAAGUCCCUUCAGUGCUCCCCUCGUGUGUCCACACAACUCUCGUGAAUAGUGACGUCUCUCCUCUCGUCUUUCCGUCUCGCUCGUUUCCUGGAAAAAGGCAAACAGACGCGAUUAGCCCCCCUCCGCUAACAAACACUUGUCUUACACUCGCUGAGUUCGAAUCGCUACCAGGCUUGGUGGAAUACUCCAGCGCUGUCUGUCACUCAGCCACACCAUUAAAUAGCUCUGCCAACGAUGGUGGAAGAUUGGCAGCAGCUGGCGAGGAAUCAGUCGCAGGUGGGACAGCUCAGAGUGGCAGCACUUCCGGGUCGGAGAUCUCCCGUUGCUACGCAACCGCGUAACAACUGCAGCGGAGCCAGAGACAAAAACAGAGCGAGAGAACAAACACACACAUACACACAGGUCGCCGGUCGGGGCACCGUCGGACCUGACAAAAAACCUGUUCCAUUGAAGCAUUCAGAAAGCUUUCCUGGUGUUCAUGCUGCAACUGUUAUGUUAGCUCUUUGUGCUAAAUUUUACUACAUUUUUUACAGGUUUUUUAUACAUAAAUUAUUAAGGAAAAGGAAAAGUUGGUGAUAAAAAGGAUUUUUUUUUAUUUUUUGGUGGAUAUUAUUACAUUUAAUUACUUUAAAUGAAAACUUUGAAAAUCAACAGGAGUGAUCAACAUAAAACUUUCACUUUAGUAAUUUUUGCUCCUGUUGCUGAAGUUGAAGCUCUCUGUUUGUUGUGAAAUUUUACAGAUUUUUACAACUCAGUUUGUCAUCAUCUGUACAAAAAUAUGCCGCAUACAUACGGUUAAAGUUUUCACUUAAUCCAGGAAUGUUACUUCUGUCUAGGAAUGAAAAUCCAUCAAACCAUCAAAUAUUGUUAGCAUUAUGUUUUAUUCAUAUUUGAUUUGAUAAACACACAAACAACACUGCACUGCUUAUGGAAAAUAUUUAUUUUUUGCUAAAAUGUUAUAGAAUUAAUGUAAUCGGAUGUAUACUCCACCGUGUACAUGAAGUUGUAACAAACUGAAAGCACUUUGUGAGGUUGUUCGUUUUUGGUGAAUACAGGGGAAGUGGGAACCCAUCUUUCUUUCUUCCUUCAUGUUCAUCUUAUUAAUAUUUUAAUAAUAAUAAAUAUAGAUAAUGAACAGGGAAACCUGUUUUGGUGAUUUUAUUUUGAUGCUUUGUAUGAUUGAGAAUAAAACAAUUAAUAAGCUGAG